AUGUUCAAGCUCCUCAAAGACCUGACGCGCGCACCCGAGCCUCUCAACCCAGUCAAUGCUGGAGGUGAAGGUGGUAGCGACAGUGUGCCCUAUGCUACGCGCUCGCGGUCGUCGUCGACUGCUGCGCCGCCAGGUCCAGCUCAACGGCAAGCGACACCUAGCCCGCUUCCCCCGUCCGAGAACGCCAGCACCCAGCUGUCCACGGGCGUGUCAAGCCUCACACUCGAGGACGAGCAGGACAAGGUCAAUGUCGAAGAGACAGACAGGGACGCCAUCCAGGUCGUUGGCCUCGUGCACGCCCUCCAGGAUGUGUCGGGGACCAUGUACUACGUCGAGACCUUCUCCGAGCUCCUUUCCAUUCCGGGGACGUUUGCAGCCCGCAGGGCGUUCGGCAGACACGACGGGUUUCAGCGUCUCGUUGACGCCCUCGACGUGCUUGCCUGGCGACCACGCCCAGACGACUUUGACGCCGACCACUGGCAAGUGGAGGAGGUGCAGCGCGCUGAGGGACAGCGGCUCUGUUUCGAGGUCUUGGCCUGGGCCAUGGGAGACCGGGAGGGCGAAAAGGCAUUCAACGACUCGUUUGGGUACGCCUCGCUCCUACCCGCCGUGAGGAAACUGUCACAGAGGCCAGAAGGCCUAUCUGCCUUGGAUCCGGACCCGCGCGUCCUCGGUCUUCUCCUCACCCACCUCUUGGGCAACAACUAUGUCCUUUUGUCGCUUUUCAACUCGGACAUUGACUCGCUGCUCCCCGACAACGCGCUGGAAAGCAAGCUCGGCGACGUCACCUUGCGCUGGGCGGCCGCACUGCCCCUUGUCUGGGCAUACGUGUGGGGCCUCGACAGCGCCGACACGGACAAGGGUCUUCCCGAUGCACUUGCCGCUGGUGACUUUGAGGGCGGCGCUAGCGACCUCCAGACCAAGUUGAUCACCCUCACGUUCCGCAUCUUGAGCCUCGCAGCACGCCAACUGACCGACCUGCUCCUCACCCACUCCCAUCUCCCCCACCUUCCCGACUUCCUCCUGACCCGCCUGUAUGGCUGGCAAGAGGAGCGGCCCGUCGAGGUCACCUUUCCCCCGCGCGAGGAAUGGUACCAGAACGCCGACAGCGAAGAUGUCCCGCCACGUCCCGAGUGGAUCGCACCCACUGAAGCGAUGCGGUCGCUGUACCUGGCGCUUCUUCAGCGCCUGCUCGAUGCCGGCGUGACCACAGACCAGACAUGGCGCCUAUUCUCGCUCGUUCGCAAGCUUCCACCGUCGCCAGAACCAGCGAGCACCGAGGUGGAAACACCGGCAUCGUCCGCGCCGGAUACCCCCUCAAGACGCACAAAGCCUACUCUGAAAGUGACUCUGCCCGGACCCGAGCAGGAAGGCGAGACCCUCGACAACGAGGUCAUGGACCUCAUCAAGGGUGCGAUGAAGAGCCGUGCUCCCGACGCGUUUGUCUUCCGCGGUGGACAAGGAAGCGCAGCUGGCGGUCUGGAGAUUCACGACUUGGGGCGAACCUGGCCCAACUCGACCAAGGGCUUCAUCUUCACUUGCUGGCUGUACAUCUCCAAGCUCAACAAUUCCGUCACCCUCCUGCACCUGUCGCAGGCGGGAGAUCCGCACCCACUGCUCCACGUCCGCGUGCUGGAAAACUCCCAGAUUUGCAUCUCGUCCCAUACCGACGGCCAAGCGGGCGAGCCAGAGGAUAUCAUCUGUGGUGCACCCGACGCGCUCAUCCCGCACAACCAAUGGAUCCACUUUGGUGUCGGGUGCCGUAAAGGACGCAGCACGGCGGGCGGGGGUGGCGAGGCGCGUAUCUUCAUCAACGGGCAACGAGUCGGCGUCGUGCGCGUACCGUACCCCACGCCCAAGGUCCAGGCCGCUGCGGCACCGCACCUGCACAAACAGCACCAUGGGAGCGGCAUCCGCGCCAGUGUCGGCCGUGUCUGGCACGAUGGCCAGUCGUCGGGAGGCGACGAGACUAGUAGUGGUCUAGGACGCGCGGAUACCGAGUGGAUGCUAGGCAGGUCACUCCUUCUCGAAGAGGUUGUGUCGGAGGAGCUCGUGAUGCUCAUGUACCACCUGGGACCACGGUACUAUGGCAACUUCCAAGACGCCCUGAACAAGUUUCUCACAUACGACGGCGCCACCUCCAUCCAUCUCUACCUGCACGGUAUGUCGCAAGCGGCCCAGCAAAAGGCCCUCGCACUGCUGCCCGCCAACUCCGCUCUCGUGCGUGCGAUCCGCGUCGGCCCCGCCAUCCCAGAGGAGAACAUCAUGCUCUCACUGUGCGCCAAGGACGUCUUGGAUCGCGACCACAUUCUCAACGCCGCGGUACCGCACGCCUCGCGCGCCAAGGAUUUCCGAUACGGCCGCGCCAAGCUGGUCGGCACCGUCUUCCCCUUUGUGACCAGCGACCUUGACGUCGCCGUCUCGACCGUUGGCGGCGGCGUGGCGGUCCUCAAGCUGGUCGAUUUGGCAACGAAUACCGACGAGCUCACGAGUGCACUCACGAUUCUGCACGAUAUGAUCCAGGAGAGCUGGAGCGCAAGUGAAGAAAUGGAGAGAAUCCACGGGUUUGAGCUCCUUGCUGCCAUCCUCCGCCCCAAGAUGGCGUCCAUGAUGGACAUCAAGUGCACCGAUAUCAUCAUGUCGAUCUUGGGUAUCUCCAUGGACGAGCCAGAGCUUGCGACCGUCCACAACUCUGCCGCUUACCGCGCCCUCGGCCUCGAGUUUGAGCUGUGGUCGCUCGCACCUCUAGACGUCCUCAACCUCUACUUUUCUCACUUUGACUACCUGCUCUCCAAGUCGCAGUACCGGCGGUACAACCUCCUCCGGACGUUCCAGAAGAGCAACAUUGUGCGCAAGCUGCUAUUUGCCGUCCGUUCGGGACUGUUCGAGGAGGACGCGCUGCCGCCCGCUGUCGCGACGCUGCGACUCGCGCUCGUGUCCCGCUGGAGCGCCGAGGAGUCUAUCAAGCCGAUAUUCGCGUAUCUCGUCUCGGCUCUGUGUCAAAACGUUGCUCCAGCCGAACUCAUUACCACCGCCCAGCCCACCCAAUCCCAGCUCCCAGCCUCGCUCAUUCUGGACAUGAUGGCGGACGUUUUACACAACCAGAAACGUCUGGUCAAGCUCAACAAGUCUCUGUCGCUCCACCGCCUCCUCGUCGUGUUCCUCCAGAGCAACCCUGCUCCCUUUGUCGCGUACCCGUGUCUGGACAUUCUCGCCCACUGCCUCUCGACCCCGGGACUCGAGUCGUUCCAGCGCUCCUUUGAAAGUGAAGGUGGCUUUGCGCUGCUUGCCAAGGUCCUCGCGCCGAUCUGGAACGAUGCCGUGCAGGAGACCAUCUUCCGCAUGGUGUUUGGCGACACUGGACCUGCCGGCGCUUCCCUUGCCUGUCCGCCUGCCAUGCAGUCGCUCAUGACGGCGCUCGACGCGCUCCUCCAGGCCGCGACUGACACUGCCGGCGGAGGAAUGGGCAACUCGAUGUCCCGGUCCAUUGGCUCCAUUCGGUCUCUCGCAAUGACGACCCCUCUGACGGCAGUCGCCCCCGCCCCCGCCGACGACGACGCCGACUCGGACGACGACGCAGGCGAUGACGACCGCCUCGAAAAGCUCCUCAACAAGCUUGCCGCAGUGUACCGCCAGUCCUCGGCGUUCCGCCGUGCCGUCCCUGCGCGCCGUAUCGAGUCCAUGCUCCCGUCCAUGGUCGAUUUCGCCGCCGUGUCGGCCUCGUCGAGCCAGCCCGAACGCGUCGAGGCCCAGCGCGCCGCAGCGGUCAACUGGCUCACUGCGCUUGUCGAUUUGUCCAAGGCUCCAUCGACUGUUAUUGUGCAGCUCCUCGUCGAGCAGCUCAAGGCAUCGUCGACGCUCGGUAUGAGCUCGUCGCAGCUGUCGCUUGCCAGGUCGCCGCCACCGCCGUCCUCGUCUCUCACGCGUCCCUCGCUGCUUGGCACCUCGGUUGGCAGCUUUACGACCACAACGAACAUGACGGGCUCGACCACUAUCCGCCGCCGUCCCUCGACAGACGCCGGUCUCCGUCCUGUUCCUGGAGGCGAUAAGUCGCUGCAGCUGCGUCGCGUGUUGACGGGCGAGUCCAUCUUGCGCGAGGAGCAGGACAAGAACGCCGCUUGGCGAAUGAUCAUCCUGUCAACGGAUGCGCAAAAGUUCGCCACCAUGACCCUCGACCGUAAGGAACACUGGCACCGUCUCUCCGAGGUCGAGUGGCCGCGACAGGUCGCCACCCUCCGCGCCGAGAAUGGUGUGUGGGCCGACCGCAAUGUCCAAGUCACCUGGCGCCUGGACGGCAGCGAGGGUCCUCUGCGUAUGCGUAACCGCCUCGAGCGCGUCGACGUCGUCGCCCACAGCGGACCGCUGCGUGGCCGUAACAAGCUGCGCGACGCCAUUCCGUCCACGGACGAGCUGUCGUCGGCUGUGUCGAGGAUCAACAACGCGCCGUGGGAGGAUCCAUUUGCGCUCGCGCUGGGAGAUGCGGCGCCGAUUGCCGAAGAGGACUCGCCUGUCAUGGCGACCCCCAGCCAGCCCAGCCAACCCACGCCGGCAGAUGGAGAGGACAGCGAUGAGGAUUCCUACGUGGACGUGGACGACUCGUCGAGUAACAAGAUGCGCCUCGUCGCCAAGGCACUUCAGGCAGGCGACGUCGUGGAGGAGGCUCACAACAUUGUGCGCAUUGUGGGCGUCGACGCUCUUCCGGGCUUGCUCAUCCUCGGCUCGCGUAACCUCUACCUCAUCGACGGUCUGGUCCAGACACCCGACGGCAAGGUCGUCGAGGCCGACCAGGCGCCCAAGGACGUGCUCUCCAUUCCGUCCGGCACCCUCGCCGACCUGGACCCGACCGACCAGCGCUCUCACCACUGGCCCUACGCCGACGUCGUGGAGACGAACAAGCGCGCAUUCCUGUUCCGCGACGUCGCCCUCGAGCUCUACUUCUCAGACAAGCAGAAUUUCCUCGUCGUGUUCAAGGACAAGCGCGCGCGCUCGGCCGUCGUGUCCAAGAUGCAGGCCAAGCUCGGGACGGGCGACCCCCUCUCGCGCUCGAUUCUGGGUGCGUUUGUCCUUGACCUCGCGCGCGCGAGUCGCGGCGCCCAGCUCGAGGACAUGACGCGCAGGUGGCAGUCUCGCGAGAUUUCCAACUUUGCCUACUUGCAAAUGCUCAACCAGCACGCCAACCGCACGCCCAACGAUGUCACACAGUAUCCGGUCUUCCCCUGGGUCCUCGCCGACUAUAGUUCCCAGAUCCUCGACCUGACGAGGCAGGGAACGUACCGUGACCUGUCGCUGCCGAUGGGUGCGCUCACGCCUGCGCGCAAGGAAGCAGCAGUGGAGCGUUAUCAGGCGACCGAAGGCGUAGGCGAGACCCCGUUCCACUAUGGAACUCACUACACGUCCUCGAUGAUUGUGUGCGGUUUCAUGAUCCGCGUCUCGCCAUUUACCGAAAUCUUUCUUGCCCUCCAGGGAGGCACGUUUGACCUCGCUGACCGCCUGUUCUCGUCCGUCCCGCGCGCCUGGGACUCGGCGUCACACACGAACCGCGGCGACGUGCGCGAGCUCAUCCCCGAGUUCUUCUACUCGCCCAUGUUCCUGGUCAACCUCAACCACCACGACUUUGGCAAGAAGCAAGUCUCUGGCGAUUCGGUAGACGACGUCGCCCUCCCACCAUGGGCGCUGGACGACCCGCUCCUCUUCGUCCACUGGAACCGCGAGGCCCUCGAGUCUGACUAUGUCUCGCGCCACCUCUCCGAGUGGAUUGACCUCACGUUCGGAUACAAGCAACGCGACGCGGCAAGCUACAACUGUUUCCACCCCUUGUCAUACCGCGGCGCCGUAGACUUGGACCGCAUGAAGGACGAAGGAGAAAAGGCGUCAAGCACGGCUAUUAUUCACAACUUUGGCCAGACGCCGUUCCAGAUCUUCAAAACCCCACACCCCCAGCGCCUGGUUGGCAGUCGCAACUCGCUGCCUGCGGGAGUGCGCUUUGGCGUCGCCGAGCACUGGCAGCUGCUCCUCCGCUCGGCCCUCCCGAUCACAGAGGUUGCGAACCGGAUCCACCACAUUCUCGAGCCGCUGCACGCCGAUGCCAAGCCUGGUGUACAGCAGCAGCACCGUCUCAUCGUACCGGGCCACCAUCAGCUCAGCGUGCAGUACGGCUUUGCCGACCUGUCGCUGCGUCUUUACUUUCAGGACACGACCCACCGGGUGCAAUACGCCGCCUUUGCGUCGCCUACGCUGCUUAUCACCGUCUCGCCGCUCGGCGUUAUCACAGCCUGGCGGUUGAUUGUCAAGGGCAGCGGCGCGCGUCGUGGCGACUCGAGCCUUUCCCGCGAAGCGACACUUCGCGGUGCCCGCAGUGUCACAUGCAUUGCGGUCAGCACGGCUUGGAGUAUCCUCGUCACUGGUUCAGAGGAUGGCACUGCAGCUGUCUGGGAUAUGAACCGCUUGCGCUACACGCGUGCCCUCAAGACGCCUCGGUCGGAUCCGAUCAAGUUUAUGACUGUCAACGAGUCCAACGGACACAUUGUCCUCGCAUCCGAGCGCUACCUGUACAUGUACAGCUUGAACGGCCACCCCAUCGCCGCCACGUCAGUCGACGGCGGGCGCAUGAACUUUCCGUCGUCGCUGGGCAUGGAUGCCGCCGAGGCCGACGUGGGCCCGACCGAGCCCCAGCGCUUCACGGGUGGUCUGUCGUUCCUCAAGCGCGAGUUCCUUCGCUGGGGUGACCUGUUUGUCGUCGGCGUCGGCUCGACCAUUGCGCUCUACCGCUGUGUACCUGGCGUCCGUCGUUUCCAGGACCAAGAAGUCGAGCCGUGGCGUCUGGUCAAGCAGGGCAUACUCGAAGCACUGUACGCGGGCUUCGAGCCUCCAGCCGACGCGGCCAAGCACCACCACAACAAGCACCUUCUUUACCAAUGGUCGCUGCCCGAAGCAGCCCGCCACGUCCCCGACAGCGUUCCCGGCUGCAUGCUCUGCCACACCCGCUUUGGUCUCCUCGAGCCCAGGCGCCAUUGUGGCGGCUGCGGCGGAGCGUUCUGCGGCUCGCACGCACCGCACGUCGAGGGCUUCAACUCGCGCUUCUGUCCCCGCUGCCGCGCGCAACUCGCUGCUGCGGCUGACAUUGGCGUGCUGCAGAGCAGGACCAGCCGCGCCGGAUCGAGGGCCACGAGCAGGACCGUCUCCCGCCGCCCGAGUAUCGUGCUCGAGUCGGCGCCGGUCAAUGCCAGUUCGGGCAUCAGGACGCCCAGGGAGAGGAGCUCGUCGCACGCGAGGGGUGAUACGCCGUCGAGGUCGAGUAGUGCUCUGGCCGGUGCUACGCCUGGUGCUGCCACACUCGCCGCUCCUUCCCAGCCUGGGCUUGACAGGCCGACAACGCCAGUCACACCCCCGCCUCCUGCCACUCCGAGCACGGACGCGUCAGCGGAGUGA